AUGUCUGAACAAUACGCACAAUGCCUGAUGGAUCUCCCAAAAGAACUCUUAAUCCAUAUAUCGUCCUUCCUAUCAAAACCAUCGGACCUCAAUGCCCUCUGCCGCACAAAUAGCAUAUUCAACAAUCUCCUCACAAAGCUCCUCUACCGCCUGGACGUCCACCAAGCUCGCAAAGCCCUCCACUGGUCUGCAAAACACAACCACUCCUCAACGGCAGCAAAAUCUCUCUCCGCAGGCGCAGAUCCACAAUCAACCUCAGACUUCGAACCCCAUAUAAAAGGCUGCACGCCACUCCUCCUAGCAGCCUACCACGGCAGCAUCGCCGUCCUAUCCCUCCUACUACAAAAUGACGACAUAAACUUCAACCCUAAUGCUCGGGAUAGGAAAUAUCUCCGCCCACCGCUCUCCUGGGCCGUCAAGCAGGGUCAUCGAGAUAUAAUCCGUGCGCUACUACGAGACGAGCGCGUGGAUGUUAAUCUAGAAGAUAAGAACGGGGAUACACCGUUACUAACAGCGGCUCAUAUAUCUGAUUGGGAAACUGUUUCUUUGUUGGUUGGUAGUGGGCGGGCGGAUCCUAGAAUACGAAAUCGACAAGGCGCGACGGCGUUGUCGAAAGCUAGUCGCGAUCGAGAAGCGGAGGGUGAAGUGGAUUUAUUAUUUGCUGCACAUCUGAGACUUAUUCUUGAUGGGUGUCACGAGGAGAGUCAUGUACAACAUGUGUUUCUUUAUGCGGCUAUUAUGGGGCAAUUGGAGAUCGUGAGGUAUCUUGUGCAGUUCUUUGGGGAGAAGUUGGAUCCUAACGGUGGGGAUCGGGGGUAUGGACGGGGUGCAUUCUCUAUAGCGGCGGAAAGGGAGCAGAUUGAGGUUGUGAGGUUUUUGUUGGGGUGGGAGAAGACGGAUCCUAAUUUGAGGGAUGGCUGGCAGCAUCAGACGCCGCUUUUUGUGGCGGCAAAGCAGGGGAGGGUUGGAGUUGUGGAUCUGUUGGUGGAGAGUGAGAGGGUGGAGUUGGAGUUGGCGGAUGUUCAUGGGACUACGCCUUUGAGUGAAGCCGCGACGAAGGAAGGGAAUGGAAGGGUUAUCAAUAGGCUCGUGACGGGGAUUAGAAGGGCAGAUCCGAAUGCUAGGGAUCAGAAUGGAGAGACGGCGCUAUAUAAGGCCGCUGCAAUGGGGCUUUUGGAGAAUGUCAAUGCCUUGUUAGAGGCUGGAGGUAUUGAUCCCAGCUUGGGGGACUCCGAAGGAAGGACCCCAUUGGAUAUAGCGAAGGUCUAUGGAUACCCGCUUGUAUGUAAGAGAUUAGAAAGCAUAUAG